AUGGCGUCCCUGAAGGCCCACUUUACCACAAUACCCGCCGCGUCGCCGGCGGUUGCGCCUUCACUUAAGUCUCCUUCGCGUGAUCUGCACUUCAACCGAGCGCCGUUCUUCGCCGCGCACGUCGCGUGCAAGGCGUCCGGCCCCAGCCCAAGCCACUGCGCCAGGCGGAAUGGUGCUCUUAGCGUCGCCGCCGUUGCCGUUCAAGCCGACAGUCCCGCGUCGGUGUUUGCGGACCCGCCGCUGGCGGAGGCGGACCCCGAGGUGGCGGCGGUGAUCGCGUCGGAGCGGCGGCGGCAGGAGGAGGGGCUGGAGCUCAUCGCGAGCGAGAACUUCACGAGCCGCGCCGUGAUGCAGGCCGUGGGGUCGUGCCUCACCAACAAGUACUCCGAGGGGCUGCCGGGCAAGAGGUACUACGGCGGAAACGAGUUCAUCGACCAGAGCGAGGUGCUGUGCCAGCAGCGCGCGCUCGCGGCGUUCCGCCUGGACCCCGCGCAGUGGGGCGUGAACGUGCAGCCGCUGUCCGGGUCGCCCGCCAACUUCGCCGUGUACACGGCGCUGCUCAAACCGCACGACCGCAUCAUGGGCCUGGAUCUGCCGCACGGGGGGCACCUGUCGCACGGGUUCAUGACGGCGAAGCGGCGCGUGUCCGCCACGUCCGUGUACUUCGAGUCCAUGCCCUACCGCCUCGACGAGUCCACCGGGUUGGUGGACUACGAGGCGCUGCAGCGGUCGGCGCUGCUGUUCCGCCCGCAGCUCAUCAUCGCGGGCGCCAGCGCGUACCCGCGCGACUACGACUACAAGCGCAUGCGUCAGAUAGCGGACAGUGUGGGCGCGUUCCUGCUGGCGGACAUGGCGCACAUCAGCGGGCUCGUGGCGGCGGACGUGGUGGCCAACCCCUUUGAAUAUGCUGACGUCGUCACCACCACCACGCACAAGUCGCUGCGGGGGCCGCGAGGGGGGCUGAUCUUCUUCCGGCGGGGCGAGAUCAACGGCAUCGACAUGGAGACGGCCAUCAACAACGCUGUCUUCCCCGGCAUGCAGGGUGGCCCACACAACCACACGAUUGGCGGCAUCGCGGUGUGCCUGAAGCAAGCUGCCACGCCCGCCUUCAAGGACUACCAACUACAGGUGAAGGCGAACUGUGCAGCGCUGGCGGCGCGGCUGGUGGCGCUGGGGUACACGCUGGUGUCGGGCGGCACCGACAACCACCUGCUGCUGCUCGACCUCCGCCCCCUCGGGUUGGACGGUGCGAGGGUGGAGAAGGUACUGGACCUGGCAGCCAUCACACUCAACAAGAACUCCGUGCCAGGUGACAAGAGUGCGAUAGUGCCCGGGGGCAUCCGCAUCGGCACACCGGCGCUCACCACGCGCGGCUUCAAGGAGGACCACUUUCACCAGGUGGCGGAGCUGUUGCACGAGGGCAUCAACCUGGCGCAGCGCGUCAAGGCGUCCAGUGACGAGGCAGUGCGCGCGGCAGGGGGAGCGGGCGCCAAGGUGAAGGACUACAUGGCGUACGUGCAGGGGGACGCGUGCAAGGAGCGCGAGGACAUAGAGGCGCUGAAGCAGCGCGUGACGGCGCUGGCCACGCAGUUCCCCAUGCCCGGCGUGGACAUUGACAACCUCGCCCGGAAGCGCAAGUCAGCAGCUGACGCUGCUACCGAUGUCCCGCGGGAUCUCAACGAGAUCCCGUACAUCGCAUGGAUCAACAAGCAGAUUGCGGCGGGGCGCAAGCCCACCGGCCCGCUGCCUGAAGGAUUACCGUCUCCUGGAGCGACCUCGUACGAAGCGCCGCGUGACGUGCCCACGCGCGGGCGUCGGGACGCCGACAGGGUUGCGUCCUCGCGCGUUGUCGACAGCUAUGCGCAGGACAACGAUGACGAGGACGACUGCGACUACAACGAGUACGCGGUCGGCACCGACGACGAGGCGGACUCAGGGGAGGAGCCGGACAAGGGAAUGUCUGACUCUGAAGACGACGGUGAGGGCGACGAGUCCGGGGAUGAUGCUGACGCCCCGGAAGAAACGCAGCCCGCUGCUCCGACCACGCGUGCCGGCCGUGCUAAGCCCGCAGCCCGUGUUGCCACCGCCUCAAAGGGAGGCGAGCCUUCACGCCGUGCCCCAAAGACCCGCAACCAGAUACCUGUGAAGCGCAGCGUCUGGUCACCGCUGGAGAGCACCAUCUUCGUCGCGGCCCGGUGGUUCAUGAGGGACGAACUCGAGUCCCUGCUCGGGAAGCAGGGCUCCCAGUAUUGGGCGCGCCUUGUGGCUCACCUGGAGAAGGAGAACCCGGGGUGGGUCCGUGGCGUCAACGCCGUCCAGAAACAGUGGCGCAACCUCGUCCAGGUUUACAAGCAGCUGAAGAAGGCGGAGAAGGCGUCGGGCAAGGGUACCGUUUGCAAGCCCCCGUGGUUCCCGUACAUGGAAGCGUUUCAGAACAACAGGGCCGUCGCCAACCCGCAUGCAGUGGCAGCAGGCGGCGCGACGACCGUUAACGCGCCGUGCGGCUUCACUGUGCCUUCUACGUCGGCGCCCACCACGUCUACUCCGACCUUCACGGCCCCUCCCCCGCAGUGCACCCCACCCUCCAAGCGCCCGCGCGUAGCGGAGACGGCCACCAUGGCGGCCGCAAAGCUCGUUUGUGAGACGAUCAAGGGCUGCCACGACGACGCGAUGUGCAAGCUCGAAGGGCUUGUCCGCGCCUGGAUGCAACAGGACGAGCGUAUUGCGCGCGAACGCCUCCAUCAGCCUGCGCCCGCGCCGCCUGCGAACACUCCCCACCAGACGACCCCGAACGCUGCCGAUGGCGGCAACGACGGAUGGUUCCGUCGCGGGCAGACUGGCGACGCUGAGGCUAGCCCAUAUGAGGCCGAGGAGGUGUGGGUUCGCGGCGCCGCCGAGUAA